UUCUAGGAAUUUAUUGACGGUUUCGACAGCCAUUUUGUGUGGUUUGUCCCGAUAGGAAGCCAGGGUUCAUCGUUGAAAAUUACAGGAUGACCUCCAUAUUUGGGACCGCCCGGUACCCGUCAACAGGCAUGACAGCAACAGAGCUGUGUGAAAAUGAUGACCUGGCGACCAGUCUUCUUUUGGACCCAUUCCUUGGCUUUUUAACUCAUAAAAUGAACACAAGACAUCGUCCUCUGAAAGCCAAGGCAACAUUGAAGGCUAUAGUUGAAAAGUUCAAAGAGCAACAGGAUUAUGAACGCACAUACAAGGCACUUCUCUCUAUUGAUGCUGCCCGUAAUUUCCUCUCAUCUAAAACAAAACAGGAAUGCAGUGUCUUCAAGCAACAUGUACAUCGAUACCUGCAGAUGUUCGACAGGAGAGCAGGAUUUGAAAUUCUGGGAUGUCAUCGAUAUUCCAUGGAAGGACAAAUUGGUGGCCGAAUCUGUACCACCAGAAGAUGGCGCAAGAACGAUACAAUCUCUAUGCUGAUUGGGUGUAUAGCCGAGCUCACACAUGAAGAGGAACAAGAACUAUUGACCCCAGGGGUGAAUGAUUUCAGUGUGAUGUUCUCAUGUAGGAAAAACUGUGCUCAACUAUGGCUUGGUCCUGCUUCAUUCAUAAACCAUGAUUGCCGACCAAGUUGUAAGUUUGUGUCAACGGGUCGAGAUACUGCCUGUGUGAAAGUAUUGCGAGAUAUAGACAAGGGCGAGGAGAUCACAUGUUUUUAUGGAGAAGAUUUCUUCGGCGAUGGAAACAGUCUCUGUGAAUGCGAAACCUGUGAAAGGAGACAGGCAGGUGCGUUCCGUCCAAAGUGCCCAGUGCCUAACAGUGUAGACGAGGAGGGUUACAAACUGAGGGACACGGACGAACGGGUCAACCGUCUCAAAUCCCAGCCCGAGAUCAAACAACCUCACAUCAACGGUGUUGUCGCAGCUUCCACGGAAAACUGGGACUACCGCGCCAAAAACCUUGAUUCCCACGCACACCUUUUGAAGGCAGCAGAAUUGAAAAGAAGAGGGAUCACAAGAUAUGAUGCAGAAAUCAUCCUUGCUCAAGGCUUGUCUCUACCGGAACCAAAAGUAGUCCUAGAGAGGGAUUUACCUUUCAAACUGAACAACAGUAAUGCAGUGAAAAUGGACUUGGAACUGCCACCAACCAGAGACCUCAGAAGCAGCCCGUGUAAGAACAAACUCCGGAAUAGCCAGAAUAUAUGUAAGUCCUCUACUAAGAAAAUGGCAGACAGGAUGCCCUCUCUGAAAAACGUGAAAAAAGAGAAGGAUAUAUGCGCUGAUGAAUCACUAAAUCGACUGCCGCCAAAACUGCCAAAGCAGGAAAUGUGCAGCCUAGAUACGCCAUGUAAUCCAAAACGGCAGCGGAAAAAGAGGAAGAGGUUUUACACACAGAAGAAGAGGUAUCCUGUUAAGUCAGGGAAAGAAGCUGAGGAGGGAGAGUGUGAUGACGGUAUUCAUUGUGUGUCGUCAAGAGUGAAACUUGAACCUGGGCUGGAAGUCGAUACAAACUCAAACUGUAACUUAGACAUUCCGGAUGUUCGAACUAUAAAACGUGAACCUGAAGACUUGCCUGAACCAGAUGCUGUUUUCGAUGAUGAUAAGGAUCCGUUUCAGUUCUCAGAUGAUGACUCUUUACAUAUAGACUUAGAGCCUAGGCCUGGUUUAAGAAAAAACUCUAAUCAAACUUCACCAUCCAGUGCCGAGCACCGGAAACUUAGAAGUAAAACUGUAGAUAGCAACCAGUUAGCUAAUGAAUGUGAUGAAAUCCCAGGAACCAAUACCGAAAAAUGUGACUUUUCUGACAUUUACAACCAUACCAGCACCAAAGUGCCUAGAAUAGCUGAAGUGGAAAACGGUAAACUGAAACCUGACAGUUUUGAAUUCAGUCCUAAAGGAAGCAGAAGUAAGAACAAGUUACCUCAUCCACCUGUCCGACAGAGUCCUCGACUGCGAGGUCGUCAGAACAGUGGGUCGUGUCCCAUCAUUGAUCAGAACCCCAUCAGUGAAAACGUUUGUGUGGAUUUGGCAAAGAAUUUGGAUGCUGCAGUGGAUGAACAUGAGGAUGGGGAUGAGGAUGAGGAUGAUGAUAUUGAAAUGCCAGUGUUGGUGAGACAACAGACAAUUGACUCAAAUCACAAUGUUCAGGAAUACAACGGCACUGAGAGCAUUGAGGAAGAGAGUGUGGUGGAGGAGGGGGAGGAGGAAGAUGAAGAAGAAGAAGAGGAAAGUGAUGAUGAUUUCUUUGGAGGGGCAAAAUCUCCAUACAGGUGCGCCAAAAUAGUCUCAGGAGAAGGGGCCUGGCUUGGGCAUUCUAGUGAUCCCGAGGUCAUGGUUAAGAAACAAGUGUUACCAGACUGUGAAGAUUCAUUACGUUUCUUGAACAAAGGACCCAUUAAUGGCAAACGGCAGCAAAGAUUUUCUACCUCCAGUGCUGAGGACACAAUUGAAUAUUCCCCAAGGAAGAAGGUGCCAAAAGUGACUAUCCGUAUGCGACGGGAUCCCAUUCUUGAGCAGCAACUUGCUAAUCAGACUUCAGCCAGUGUUUUCUUUAAAUGGAAUGAUGAAAGUGACUGUGAAUCUCCGAUAAACCAGGGAGGGUCUAACGGUACCUCUGUCUUUGACCCUCCACCUUUGGAAAAAGUCCAUUCCAGUGCCUGUCAGGUGCCCUCUUCGUUUGAAACUAGUCAGUUUUACUCGAGUUCCAUGAAGGACAAAAAUCCAUACAGGCCGAAAAAGCUGAGACUCAAAUUUGGGAACAGUUCGAUAGACAUCCAUAUACCUCCAUGCAAAGAGCUGUGAUCAAUUCAACUCAGAAAAUAUUUUUAUUACACUUUGUGUUAACUUUGUUUGUUCCGAACUGGUUAAAUAUGUGAUACUGAUUAAAUUUCAUUGUUGUACUGGUUA